AUGCUGAGAAUGUUUAGGUUGAUUUUCAUCCUUGCAUUGUUCUUUGCCAAAAAUUUCGCCAACCCAAUCGACCCAGCCUUGCCCGUUCCCGACCGCCGCGAUACAAGUCCUGCUCAUGGCCCGUUUGGUACACUCAAGGGUCUUCCCCUGCUUACGGCCGAGCCAUCUUCCACUCACGAUGGAGCUGGUUCUGGAGGCCUCGGAGCCGCAGCGAGUUGUCCAGGCUAUCAUACUGUACGAUCGGUACUUACUGUCAUGGAGGAUACUGCUUUCCCACCGGAACCACUCCUUGCGGAACUGGCCAUUACUGCUGCCAGGGAUUCCGCUGUUAUAAGAAUAUUGCGUGCUUCCCGAAAGGUGCGACCCCUUGCGGCGGCGGCAAUCAUUUCUGCUGGCCUGGAGGCAGAUGCUGUAAUCACGGGAAAUCAUGCUGCUAUUGAGGAUACGCUGGACGGAUGGUGUUCAAAGUCGACGAAUCGACCGGCAAUGUGGUUCUAA